AUGGAAAACAAGGAACAAAUUUUUGCUCCAUCAGGCACAAAUGUUGAAUUACGUGUUCUCUGUCGUCAACGCCAAGGUUAUGACUUGGAACGCCUCGAGAAGAUGGGUGCUAAGAUUAUGGAAGUGAACUAUACUGAUGAAAAAAAGAUGUGUGAAGUUAUGCGUGAUGUUUGUCAUGUCUUGAUGGUUCCUGAAAGCUCUCGUGAUAGCUUAAAGGAAGCUGAAACCUUGAUGAAAGCUGCUAAGAGUCAGCAUGUUGAUCAUUUUGCAAUGAUUUCUGCAAUUGGUGUUGACCGUAUCCACUCUGGAGAAAUAUCUGAACAGAACGCUGGCGAAUUCCGUUAUCUUCAAGAACUCUGCAAGAUGGAAAAGAAACUCAAGGACGAAUUUCAUGAAGAAAAGCACUGCAUUGUUCGCAUUCCUUUACUCAACCAAUAUUUCUAUUUUAUGGCCCCCAAGAUUGAAAGUGAAAAUGUUAUUCCUCUUCCUGUAAAGAAGGAUAAGAAAUGGAGCACUGUUGAUCUGAACGAUGUUGUUGAGGCUAUUUACUGUUUGGCUAAAAAGAAAUCCGAACAUAGCCAGCAAGGUGGAGCUACUCAUCAUAAGCAGACUUACAACUUCACUUGUCUUCAAGUGCACAACACAGAGGAAAUCGUCAAGCAAAUUGGUGAAGGUUUAGACCGCAAGGAUUUACGCCUCAAAGAAAUUUCAGAGAACGAGAUGAAGCAAUGGCUCCAACAAAUGAAGCAACAUAAAAACUUCAACCAACGUCCUAAUGAACGUAACGAUUUCCGUAAAGGUCGUGAUGGAUUCGGCUCUUUUCCCUUGGGCAAGUUCUUGCAUGAAGAAAAGAUUGAAAUGAUAAUGGAGUAUUGGAGAUUCGUCAACGGUGGUAAGGCUGAUAUCCAAUCUGAUGAUCUUGAAAAGGUUUUGAACCGCAAGCCCCACACUCUCAAGGAGUACUUCCAGGUUAACCGUGAACAGUUCAAACGCUUAAAGUAA